AUGGCUGGAGUCAACGCCGUCCUCUUCGUUUGCAUCGUGCUGGUAUUGAUGCAGAAGCUGAACGCGUCUAUCUCCGUGGAAACCCGCCGAUACAGGUACAGGAAGCUGGCGCGCUCCACGCUGGUGCUGAUCCCGCUCUUCGGCUUCCACUACGUCUUGUUCGUUGGCUUGUCGGCCUUCAUGAACGUCAACCCGAUCGUGGAACUCAUCUGGCUGUUCGUUGACCAGCUGUUCGCGUCAUUCCAGGGCUGCUUCGUGGCCAUCCUGUACUGCUUCAUGAGUUCCGAGGUCAAGCUGGAGCUGAAGAAGCACUGGGCGAUCCUCAGCGUGGCCGAGCCCAUCAAGGAGUCGGCCGCCCUGCUCGUGCGCUACGACGGUCUCAGCGGCGGCUCGGUCCACAUCGAGGCCGCACCGCUGAACGGCACCAGCGAUGGCAGCCCGCCGCGAGCCUGA